GUGGAAGCCAUUGUUCCUUUUACGCUCCGUCUUAGCAUGUCUCUUGGUGGGAACAAGAUGUCCUGGAUGUAUUUUCUCCGGAGAUUGUAAAGUGGAGGGGAAGCGCAGCUCGCCCGAAACCAUGUGGAGAGCGGCUACGUCCCUCAGUGGGAGCACCUGAGACAGAAAGCGACUGUCAGAGGAUCAACCAUUGUUUGCACUUUCGUGGAGAGGAAAGGAUCCUUCGAUGAGGAAACAAAGAGAGAAGAGAUGGUAGAGAAUGGCAGCACCUGACCUUCUUGACCCCAAGUCUGCCGCCCACAACUCCAAACCUCGCCUGUCCUUCUCGGCAAAACCAGUGGUGCUGAACGUUCCAGAGGAUGAGUGCGACACCCGGACAACUGUCAUGAGGUGGAAAACAGUAUCAGCCAUCUUUUUCUUGGUGGUGUUUUACCUAAUUAUUGGGGCAACGGUGUUCAGAGCGCUGGAGCAGCCUCAUGAGAGCUCCCAGAAAACGGCCAUUCUUGAAGAAAAAGUGAAGUUCUUGGUCAUGCACGCCUGCGUAAACUCCUCUGAGCUGGAGGAUCUGGUAAAGCAAGUGGUUUCAGCAGUCCGAGCAGGUGUAAAUCCAUCAGGAAAUUCAUCCAAUCAGACAAGCCUCUGGGACCUCAGUUCCUCCUUUUUCUUUGCUGGAACUGUUAUCACCACCAUUGGAUUUGGGAACAUCUCUCCUCACACGGAAGGAGGGCGGAUCUUCUGUAUAAUCUACGCUCUGCUGGGGAUUCCUCUAUUUGGAUUCUUAUUGGCUGGUGUCGGGGACCAGUUGGGGACAAUUUUUGGGAAGGGCAUCGCCAAAGUGGAGAAGAUGAUAGUGAAAUGGAAAGUCAGCCAGACAAAGAUCCGCGUCAUCUCCACUCUACUCUUCAUCCUGUUUGGGUGCCUCAUCUUCGUGGCCCUGCCAGCAGUCAUCUUUAAGCACAUAGAAGGCUGGAGCACCCUCGAGUCCAUCUACUUUGUUGUCAUCACCCUCACCACCAUCGGCUUUGGAGACUUUGUCGCUGGUGGGUCAGAGAGUCCAGAUUACUUGAACUACUACAAGCCCGUGGUGUUGUUCUGGAUCCUGGUGGGCCUUGCGUACUUUGCCGCUGUGCUCAGCAUGAUCGGAGACUGGUUCCGUGUCAUCUCCAAGAAAACUAAGGAGGAGGUCGGGGAGUUUCGCGCUCACGCAGCCGAGUGGACAGCAAAUGUGUCAGCAGAGUUCAAAGAGACCCGGCGGCGGCUCAGCGUUGACAUCUAUGACAAGUUUCAGCGCGCUGCAUCCAUCAAACGUAAGCUGUCAUCCGAGCUGGGCAUUAACACAGCCAUCAACCAGGAAAUGACCCCUGGCAAGAGGACGCUGUCGGCCAACCUGUGUGAGGACAGAGAGACUUACCCCAACUUGACUCUCUCUCUCAGUCCCGUCCCAGGGGCCCUGGCCAGGAACGGCAGCCUCUAUUUAAACGGCCUCAGCCCAGACUACGCCGACAGGCGGGAGAUCGCCAUCAUCGAAACUCUCAAAUGAAGAGCAGCAGGAAAUGAGCUUUAAGGAACUGAGUGAAACACAUCUAGUACAGCACACAUAAUAAACACUGGUGUGCUUAUUGACUGAGCGUCAAUGAUAAGGUACUCAUACGCGUUCGUCAAGUGGAUUGUGCUCCAAUCAUUGAUUGAAAACCUUGAGAGUGACUUAAACACAGAUCAGUCGUCAAGCUCCAUACUUUCAUGUGUGUGUUUAAUACUCACACAAAAAAAAAAAAUCAUGC